CAUUCCCGAACGUCACAAAAUCAUUCGAGUUGCAUUCCGGUUCAGCUGGCAUCUGGAUCUUUUGUUUACACUCAUGCCUCAGGUGGACAGGUGUCAGGUCUCGAUUGAAUAUCAAGCACAAAACACAAGUUAGCACUGCAAGUGUCACGACAAAGAAAGCUAGCAGGCUUUCAAAGCGCAACAAUGCAGCGUUAAACCUUCAAACUUCAACCGCAAAUGGUUGAGGGAGACAAUGUCGUUUUCAGAUGAUGAGUCUGGCGCCUCCUUUCAAUUCAGGGAGGGGAGCCUGGUCUACCUGAAACCGCGGCAUUCAGACGAGGACCCUGAGCCUGCCUUGGUCAAAUACUGCGGACCUGUGCCACGGCUCGGACAGGGCAAUUUCUACGGCAUAGAAAUUCUGGUUCCUUCCUCGCAGGGUGUGUGCAACGGAACGAUUUUCGGCAAAAGAUACUUCACAUGCAAGCCGGGAAGCGGAAAUUUUGUCAGUGCUAACAGACUAAUGCCGUAUAAAAGAUCAGAGAGUUUAAACGAAAUGAGCCGGAAAAGCAAACUUAGUCCCAACACAACAUCCGUGGUCCUGCAUUUGAAGAAAAACGAUGAGCCGACAGGUUCUCCCUCUUACGACUACAAUAAUUGCCCAUUCUCGCCGACGUUGGACCCGCUGCCACCGAUUACGCCAAACUCCUCCUCCAGCAUAAAAAACAACCUGACACACUCCAGCUCCUUGCCAGAACGCGAAGUGAAUUUUGAUGAUGAACCAGAUUACUCGCCACUAAAGCUAGGCGACAGGGUCGUCUGGCUAAGCGACAAUGGGCCGGAAUUUGGGACCGUCCGCUGGCUUGGAGUGCUGCCUGGCGCCUCGUCGCACACCAUGGCUGGCGUGGAAUUCGAUAACCCUGUCGGAACGGGAACGGGUCUGUACAACAGGCAGCAGCUGUUCUUGACUCGCAAGAAGCACGCUUCGUUCAUUCCCUUGCUUGGGCUGAUUAAAGCCGUCGACUUUGUCGCGGCCAACUCUCCAGAGCACAAAGUGCACCAUCCAGUGCCGAAGGCAGCCCCUCGGACGGAGGAUCUGAUCGUUCUGCUGGCCGAUGAAGUGUACAAGACAAGACUGGGAGACGAUGAGACAUGUGGCACCGGCAAGCCAGUGGCAGGACCGAGCCCUGAUUUGCCCGAGCCGUACGAAGAUCGCUUCAACGGAUACGGUGAUGUCGGAGUGGGGUCCAUGGUGGAAGUUACGGUCAACGAGGUUCCCCACUACGGAGUCGUGCGCUGGGCUGGACACUUGCACCAAGAUCAUCAGCACAGACUGGUCGCCGGAAUAGAAAUGGAGGAAGAUAUCAUCGGCGGAACAGAUGGCACCUUCAACGGCCGGCGAUAUUUCAAGUGUGCACCGAAGCGAGGCUUUUUCGUCAGCAUGGCGCAGUGCAGGCUGGACAGGCGGUUUCAAGAGCAGGCGGCCAGCUUACCAAACGGAAUUCCAAACCACAGCGGCAAUGCAGAAAAUGGCAUUAGCCAGCCAGAGUGUCCAAUAAUCCGGGAUUAUGUGCGGCCGUUGAAAACGGAGCAGGACGUCGCGGCCAUGUGCGGAAAGUUCCGCGGCAUCCAAGGACACCACAACUCGUGCUACCUGGACGCCACCCUCUUCGGCAUGUUCGCCUUUACAACGGUGUUUGACAGUCUGCUCUUCCGACCACCAACGCCAGAAGACGGCCCGCACUAUUUGGAAGUCCAGCGGGUGUUAAGGGAGGAAAUCGUCAAUCCCCUGCGCAGUUGCAAAUUCGUCAGGGCCGACAGGGUGAUGCACCUAAGGCAGCUGUUGGAGAAAAUCGGCUCUGUCACCGGCAUGACGAGCGAAGAAAAGGAUCCUGAGGAGCUACUGACCUCGCUCGUGACGCAAACCCUACGUGCCAAGCCGUAUUUGAAGCUGAGCUCUGGCCAAGAAGCUUUCAUGCAUCAGUUGUUUGUCGAGAAGGACGAGGAGAUCGACGUGCCGUCAGUCCAACAACUUUUCGAACAAAGUUUUCUCUCUAGCGAUAUCAAACUGAAACAGGUCCCACCGGUAUUGAUCCUGCAAAUGCCGCGUUUCGGCAAAGCUUACAAAAUGUACCCGCGCAUCUUGCCAUCGCAAAUCCUGGACGUGACUGACGUGAUCGAGAAUUGCCCUCGUCAGUGCAUCAUCUGCGGCAAACUCGCCUACUUUGAGUGCAGAGAGUGCUUCGGCGAGUGCGGCUCAGGCCUCGAAAGCAUCACCUUCUGCCAGGCUUGCCUAGAAACUGUGCACAACCACCAGCGCAGACAGAGUCACGCGUGGAAGCGGCUGUCGGUGCCCAAAGAGUACCUGGACGUGGCCGAGAGGUACAGGCGCAGGAACCUUGCCGACAGCCGAGAGGCGCUGCCGCCCAUCCCCAGGAUCUACAUGGAGUUGUUCGCCGUCGUGUGCAUCGAGACCUCGCACUACGUCGCCUUCAUCAAAGGAGGCACCGGACCAGACGCUCCAUGGCUCUUUUUCGACUCGAUGGCAGACCGCAGAGGUGAGCAAAAUGGUUACAACAUUCCCGAGGUUUCGCUGUGCCCAGACCUGCCCAAGUGGCUUCAGUCCGAGGGGUUGCCGCUGGUCCGAGACGAGAGACAGCUGCCAGAAAGGGCCAAAAGACUGCUGUGUGAUGCGUACAUGUGUUUCUACCAGAGCCCGCAAGUAGCCAUGUACAACUAGACUGUAACAAUGUGAUCCAAAGAAGCAGGGUGGGUGAGAGAAAGCGUUUCAGAAACACUUAAAUUUAAAUAAUCAAGCACACUAUGAAUCACAGCCAAUCAAUAAAUAUGGCUUUAUAUUGCUCCUUUUCAAUGUUGUGGAUCAGCUGCGUUUUGUUUUUGCUUGAGAGGCUUCUUUGUCCCUUUUAAAUUGACAAAGUAAAGAGCACGAUGGUAUUUUUCGGCUUGUGUCGUCUUUAUCAUGCUUGUAAAGCAUUUAAAAAAUGGUAUAUUUUCAUAGCCGUGUCUGUCGAGCAAACCGUAUUCUCAACUUGAAAACAAUCACCGCACAAGAAGUGUUGAUUAAUGUAACAGCGCGUUGCUCCUCGUUUUUCGUCGUCUGCCGCCACAAAAAAAGUAAUAUUUCUGUGUUUAAGAGCACACACGUGAAACACACACACACACGCACGAGCGUCAACUAGGAUUAAAUGAAUGUAUACACGUAGAAAUGAUUUGACCCCUGUGAUGUAUGCUUUUCAAACCUUUAUUAGUUUCAAUAAAUUGACAAACGAAAUUGUUACAUGUUGCUUUGAGAGUUAUUAUUGAAAUAUUGGUUAGUGGCUGAUUAAUAAUAUAAUCUAUUUAUUUCUAUACACAUAAA